CGACAAUGAAGCCACUUGCUGCUAAGCGUCACCAUUCUGAGACAGAGAUUUUUGCUUUCCCGCAUAGUCCUAGCCUAAACGAGAAAUCACGCACAUACCUAUGUCCACUUCUUCUUUUCCGGAUGCUACAGACGCAUUUGCAGCGCCGUCUUCAACCGUGGACCACAAAAUUCGGUCGGAUUUGGAUACUGUCUCCGAGAAGAUGGAUCUCUGCGUCAGUUUACUGCGUCCAGGAGGCGGCAGCCCGGAUCCUUCCGUCCGUGCCGACGAAACGCUGUUGCAGCUUAUUGGCUUUCUAGAAGCCUGUGCGCCUCGCAUGGUGGAAUUGGUCGAAGCCGCCGCGCAGGGAGCCUUAGACGAAGCCACUCUGAUGCAAUGUCUAGAAGUCAACGACCGGCUGACGAAACUCAUGGCGGACAUUGAUACAGCCUUAUUGAUAGAAUCUCCAGCCACUACCACCGUGGCUGCGGCACCAACGAGUGAACCGACCAUUGAUCUGGACGACUUGCUCCUGGACGACAGUACUCAAGAGGCACUUCCAUUAUCAGUACCGACGGCGGGGCUCAAAUCAACGGGCGAAGAUGAUCCGUUUGCCGCGUUUGACAAGACACCUAAACCAGCAUCAUCAUCCACCGCCCCAGUCUUGGCGCCGUCUAAUGACGAAUUCGACGACUUCUUCACGGAACGCACUCACAGUCAACAAAAGUAGGAUACCAAAAAUUGUAUACACUUCAUGGAGUUGAUUUGACUAGUUGAUAUUCCAUACCUUGUUAAAAACAGUUG